UAGUUUUUUGCAGAAGAGGGACGAUGGCGAUGACAAGCAGGCGUAGCUGGCCAUCAACGGGAAGACAAACAAGACAUCAAUUGGCUUUUGUGUUGCUCCUGGUUCUUGUAGCUGUCGGAAACUAUGUGCCCGUCUUAGCUCUUCCUUCAUUGUCUCUACCUCCUGAAAUACCUGGGGACGAGAAGAUGAUAAUGAUGUCAAGGAAGUUUUAUAUCAAAGAUGACAGUUUUUGGAAAGAUGGAAAUCAUUUUCAGAUCAUCGGUGGUGAUUUGCACUACUUCCGUGUUCUUCCUGAGUACUGGGAGGAUCGGCUUCUAAGAGCCAAGGCUUUAGGCCUGAAUACUAUUCAAGUAUACGUUCCUUGGAAUCUGCAUGAACCAAAGCCUGGGAAAAUGGUUUUUGAGGGUAUUGGUGAUCUUGUGUCCUUUCUCAAGCUAUGUGAUAAACUAGAUUUUCUGGUUAUGCUGCGGGCUGGACCUUACAUCUGUGGAGAAUGGGAUUUGGGGGGCUUUCCUGCUUGGUUACUUUCUGUGAAACCACGUCUCCAACUAAGGACAUCAGAUCCUGCAUAUCUUAAGUUGGUUGAAAGAUGGUGGGAUGUUCUGUUACCGAAGGUAUUUCCUCUGCUUUACAGCAAUGGGGGUCCUGUUAUAAUGGUUCAGAUUGAAAAUGAAUAUGGUUCAUAUGGAAAUGACAAAGCCUAUCUUCGUAAGCUAGUUAGUAUGGCUAGGGGACACCUGGGGGAUGACAUUAUUGUGUACACAACAGAUGGAGGGACAAAAGAAACUCUUGAGAAAGGAACGGUCCCUGUAGAUGAUGUCUACUCAGCUGUUGAUUUCACAACCGGUGAUGAUCCUUGGCCAAUAUUUGAAUUGCAAAAGAAGUUUAAUGCUCCAGGGAGAUCACCUCCACUUUCCUCGGAGUUUUAUACUGGUUGGCUAACACAUUGGGGUGAGAAGAUAGCAAAAACCGAUGCUGAAUUCACGGCAACUUCUCUUGAAAAAAUACUGUCUCGAAAUGGUUCUGCUGUGCUUUAUAUGGUGCAUGGAGGAACAAACUUUGGUUUCUACAAUGGUGCAAAUACUGGCUCUGAAGAAUCUGACUAUAAACCAGAUCUGACCUCUUAUGACUAUGAUGCUCCGAUUAAGGAGUCUGGUGACAUAGACAAUCCAAAAUUCCAAGCUCUUCAGAGAGUGAUUAAGAAGUACAACGUUGCAUCACACUCCAUUAUCCCCUCCAAUAAGCAACGGAAAGCAUAUGGUCCUAUCAAGAUGCAGAUGACCACUUCGCUGAUUGAUUUAGUUAGUAUGACAGAUCCUGCAGAUGUGAUCAUCUCCGCCAACCCAAUUUCAAUGGAAUCUGCUGGACAGAUGUUCGGAUUUCUUUUAUAUGAAUCUUCAUACAUCGCAAAAAAGAGUGGGAAUAUACUAAGAAUUCCCAAGGUUCAUGACAGAGCUCAAGUGUUUGUUUCAUGUCUUUCCCAAGAUGUGGGAGUACUGAGAUACAUUGGUACAACGGAGAGAUGGAACAACCAACCUGUUUCUCUUCCAACUGUUGAGUGCACUACAAACACUAGCUUAUUUAUCCUGGUUGAAAACAUGGGUCGUGUAAAUUAUGGGCCAUAUAUCUUUGAUGAGAAGGGUAUUUUGUCUUCGGUUUAUCUAGAUGGUCAAAUUCUCCAUGGAUGGAAGAUGAUACCAAUUCCUUUCCACAACCUGAAUCAAGAGCCAAAUCUCAGUUUCGAGAUGCAACAUACCAAAAAGAGAAGUGAGAAGUUCAAUCUUACUAAUGAUGUCGGUCAAAAGGAACCAGCUCUGUUUGCUGGUGAAUUCUCUAUCAACACUGAAGAAGAAAUCAAAGACACGUAUCUAUCAUUCAAUGGUUGGGGUAAAGGAAUUGCUUUUGUCAAUGAAUUCAACAUCGGAAGAUAUUGGCCGUCUGUUGGACCACAGUGCAACCUCUAUGUUCCUGCGCCGCUUCUUAAGCCUGGCAAAAAUACUUUGGUGAUUUUCGAGUUGGAAUCUCCUCAUCUCGAGCUUUUACUGGAGGCAGUGGAUCAAGAAGACUUCGUAUGCGGUUCAUAUGAUUCCAAAGUUAAUCAGUAAACCUUAUCCGGUGGUUCCACCCCAGCUUGCGCUGCCUGCAAAUUCCAAAGAAAAAAGUGCAAGAAAAACUGUCUUCUCGCUCCUUAUUUCCCACAAGAUCGCACAAAUCAGUUUACAAACGCUCAUAAACUCUUUGGAGUAAGCAACAUCACCAAGAUGCUCAAAGGAAUCGAAGAAUCUCAAUAUGACAUCGCUAUGGAGAAUCUUAUCUACCACGCUAAUGCUCGUGCCCUAGAUCCAGUUGGAGGGGUUUACAGGACUAUCUGUGAUCUUAAGCGCAAGAUCGAGAUCGUUCAGGCUGAGCUUAACUUUACUCGUCAGCAAAUCGCUAUGUGCCGCUCUCUAGCUCAGCAGCAGCAGAGGCAAAGGCAAGAUCUUCCAUAUGGCUGCUAUUCCCACGAACAUCUAUUACAACAAGAUGAAGAUCAAUACGUUAAUGUCGAUGGUUUUGAUCAUCAGAACAUGCAACAACAUCAAGAGAUGCAGCAGCAGCAACCGAAUCCGAUAAACUACGAGACGUUUUUGGAGAUGCCUGAACAAACAAGCAAGGUAAAGCUUGAGGAGGAAAAAAUCUCUGACCAGGGAUAAAACAAUCUCGUGAGGCAGAUACUCAUGUCGUCAGCAAUCAUUUAGUUCAGGUUUAGGUUUUCGUCAUUAUCACGCUUUUUCUGCUUAUCUUUCUUGAAUUGUCAUAGAGUUCCGACUAGUAAUCUUGAUUGGUUUUGUUCACAAAUGUUUUUUCUUUUAUUACUAGAACAAAUUACUGAGAGGAACAUGUGUUUAUGAAUCUGUUUUAGGUUGAGAAAUUGUGAGAGUGAAUCAGAAAACAGAAUCAGGCCAUGAAUGAAUUGCUAGAUAGUAU